AUGAACGUCACACGGCCAGCACGAUGCCUUUUAUGCAGCUUCACCCGUGCUGCCGGCCCAAACACGCGAGUCCCUCGACGCCAAUUCCAUCCUACUCCCGCGCCUCUCUCGAACCGGAAACCCAAGUUCCCCAAUGUUAAGGCUCCUCGUGUGGAUGAUUACAAGCCCUACACGGAAGAGCAGAAGGCCAAGCUCGCCAAGGAGUACUCGGAGGCACAGAUGGCCGCCAUCGAAGCCGGCGAAGCCGCUAUCGACCCGAAGGAUCUGGCAGAGCAGAUGAACGAACGCAGUGAUCCCAUGGCAUUCAAAUACAUCGACGACUUCUCCGUGAUUGAGCCCGGCAUUGAUCGACACCAGCGCGCCCCGGAGUCGAACUCGGAUUACAAUUUCAAGCUGAAGAGCGAGGACGAUUUCGUGAAGGACUUCAGUCAGUUCUUCGCCGAGAUGCCUGAUAACGCCACAGGUGCAGACUUCGUUAGGUUCGCGGACAACCUGCGCGUCACCCACGGCAAGGAGGAGAGCGAACUGGCCCCACACAGCGCACUUGUUCCGGAUCUCUUCGGACCUGGUGAGACUGUCGAUGAGCCCCGCGUGGAAGAGCAGAAGACAGCCGCCGAGAAGGGCGAGAAGGAGCGGUCAGCCGAGGCCGAGGAAAUGACAGAUGCCCUGAAGAGCUUGCUCCUGGCUACGGGCUACACGGAGAGCCAGGUCAAGGGCCUCCGCACCAAGACUCUCGUUUCGCACAGCGUCACCAACCAGACUCGACUAGGAAAGGUCCGCCGUGCAUACCGUCUUUCCAUUGCCGGUAACGCAAAUGGUCUGCUUGGUAUCGGUGAAGCCAAGUCCGAUGAAGCCUCCGAUGCGAAGAUCCAGUCGCAAUACCGUGCCAUCCGCAACAUGCAGCCCAUUCCCCGCUACGAGAACCGAACCAUCUAUGGCGAUGUUAAGGGCAAGGUCGGAGCGACAGAGUUGCAGCUGAUGCACCGUCCACCAGGCUUCGGACUCCGUGUUCAAUACCUCAUCUACGAGAUGUGCCGCGCUGGCGGAAUUCACGAUCUGUCCGCCCGAGUUGGUCGCUCAAGGAACCAGAUGAACACAGUCAAGGCCGCCUACGAGGCACUCAUGAGCCAGCGUGACCCUGAGCAGGUUGCUCACGCACUCGGCAGGAAGAUUGUCGAUGUGCGCAAGGUGUACUACGCCGGUAAGAUUUAG